AUGACGUCUACGGUUGGGUUUCAAACUCUGCCCGUCGAGAUCCUGGACAUCAUUGUCGGAUAUGCAGGCCUCGCCUCCCAUUUUCCUCUGGCACAGACAUGCAAAGCCAUGUACAGCCAGAUGGCAUCUCUUCUGGAGCAACACCAAGCGGCGCACAGAAAGUACGGCGCUGCGUCGGAUCUCUUGCCCUCUACCGUUCCAAAUAUGUUGGACGUCGUUUUCCGCUGUGAGGAUCCCUCGCACUCGAUUGAGUUAUGGCACAUGCGCUACCUCGAGUUCUUUGGAACCCGCAGGCGAUGGGACGAUUGGCACCUGUGGGAGGUUGAUCCGUCGACCGGUCUGAAUGCUUCCACGGCGACUGAAACUGAGUCCGCCCCGUAUGCCUCGGGAUGUGAAGCAUCAGAAACUGAGAGUUCAGAAGAUUCGGCAUCACCACCUGAGGUUCGGCGAUGGAAGAGACGCGUGAGAUAUUACAUUGAGGAGGCAAGGAAGCGCAGGAUUAUCCCCGAGUCAGGUUUAGAGUACGCCAGGUCGUCUACCCUGUCUGGAUCUGACGCGGUGUUGAAGAUCAUCCUCGUCUCUGCCUUGCCGUAUCUGAAGGUCCUCAAGUACGUCAACGCCGAUUACUCUUCUUCGACGAAUAUUGUUUCGUUUUGCAGAGGUAUUGAGUGGGCUUUGGACGUGGGUGACUGGCCUCCUGGUCUCCUCUCGCUCCAAAAGCUCGCAGUCGGAGUCUCCCUCUCUAAUAGGCCAUCGUCGACUGGCACCAGCGUGCUUGUCAGACUCCUGCAACUGCCUAACCUUGAUGAAAUCUAUCUUCGCGGCAUGAGAAUUGAUAGGGAGGAUCUCAACUAUGAUGAUUUUCUCGAUUCUGACGAUGAGGACGAUCUCUUCUGGCAUCUUCCAGACAUUGACGAAUCUGAAAGGCCCCAAGAGAGAGCCCGCAUUCUGCGAGCCCACCUUUCGCUCCCGGUUCAUUCUUCAUCAGUCAAACACAUCGUCCUUGAUAACCUAAUAGACUAUGAUGGGACUGGGGACUUCAUGACUGCCUUGCUGAAAACGCCCAAGAAUCUCGAGUCUAUCACUAUCUGUGCAAAGGAAGAGCGCCUUGCGAAGACGGAUGAGAUGAUACGUGUUCUGUCUCAACAUCAAUCCGCGUCUCUUCAAAGAUUACUCUUAUACUCAGAGCACGAUGAAAUUGAUGUGAUCCCAACUGCUGUGUAUACCCCCUCUAAUUUGACAGGUUUGAACAACCUCAAAGUGUUGAAUGUCAGAUGGAAUGAUAUCAUUAUUGAUGCGUGCUCGUCAUUGGCUGGAGGCAUGGACAACCUCAAGGCUGAAAGACUUGCUGCCCACUUUGUGAACACGCUUCCUCCAAGCAUAUCUGUCUUGGUUAUUCACGGACUUGAUUCAGAGCGCGGCGAGAGCUUCGGGCACCAAUUUGACGAGUGUCAGGGCUUGAACGAUGCCAUAGUGGCACUGAUCGAAUCAGAACGACACCCGUGCGUAGAGGCAAUCUAUCUCGACAUUGACACCGUCGAGCCAAGCACGCCUAAUCUGGUACCCGAGGGCCUGUUUCAGCGCGCAAUAGCUACCGGGCAGCGGCAUGGUGUUCAUGUCCAUGCGCCAACAAGUACCGAGCGGCCUGCUUCUCACAAUAGUUAUUUUGUAACCAUGCCGGACAUCCAGGAGGUCAAAUCGGCGCCGGGCUUUGACCCAAACUGGGUAUUUGACCACUCUACUGGCCUUAUCAAGUCGAAUCAAAUAUGCUACGGCUGUGGGGAGUGUGAUAAAUGUGGAUACGGUUGGUAA